CCCAACCCGAACAGCCCAUUACAUUAAUUUGGGCCCGAAUUCAGCUCAGCCGAAAUCUUUCAUUUUUCUCCAAAUUCAUUUGUUGAAGCAGCAAAAAAAAUACUAGUUUCCCGCGUGUUUACAACUAGGGUUUCAGAACUCCUUUCUCUCUCUAGUUUAUGCUAAUAAUGGACUCACCGAAUGAUAAGGUGCUCGGCGACUUCAUGACAGACAACGAGACAACGUUGAUGGAGAUCGAUCAGUCGAAUAUUGCUGCUGAAGACGAGGAGGAAAACGAUCCAUUUCUCAAAUUCAUCGACUACGCAAAAUCGAUUCUGCACCAGAAUGAAGGUGAGCUCGAAGAAGAUUCGGCGCGCUCGCCUGGCUGGAGCUGGAUCACGAAUCGGAUUCUCAAAACCUGCGUCUCUUACCCGAGUGGUGUGACCCCUGCUAUUCUCCUUUCCGAGCUUUCUCAGGCUUGGAAUGAGCACAUUAGGAGUGGAGCUCCAAAAAAGCAAUCAGAUGUUAUCACGAAGUUAAAGAAGAAGCACAAGAGAGCAAAGCUCCCAAACACGGUUACAAUUGAUUCAGUAUUCGAGAAAAAGUUUUUAUCAUUGAGCAGUGUAAUUGAAGCAGUUAUAAUCGAUGCAUUUAUUCUUCCAGGAACAAACAUCUACAUGCUCACUUUGGGGGAUAUUUGGAGCUCCAACACUUUGGAUCUUUAUCUUCACAGGAGGUUUUACAGCAUUGCCGAUCCUGAUAACGGGAUUCUGAAGAAAGGCCGUGAAGUUCUCUUAACUGGGUGCUAUCUUCGGGUUGCCACUGGGAAUUCAGUGUGCGCACGUCUUUUACCAACUGAAUAUUUUGUUGUACUGUUGGAUGAGGAUGAAGAUGACGACGCCAUGCUUAUUGGAGCACAGUUUUGUUCUGAUUCAUUUUCUUCAAUUUCUCUUGAUUCAGUAAAGGAAGGGACGUCCUAUUCAUUGUAUGCAAGAAUUGAAAAUAUAGGACCACUGGAAGUUCAUGGUAAAUCUGGCAGUUUGGAGAGGAAACAAAUUACUCUAGUUGAUAACGAUGGUAUAAGAUUAAUUUUUUUCCUCUGGGGAGAGCAAGCACUAAUUGCCAAUCUAUUCAGGUACGAUUGCUGGCAAGUUGGUCCUUGUUACUUUAUACCUUUUCUUUUUCUGUUUCCUCAUUGCCAUGUGUGCAUGUUUUCUUUCACGUCAUACAGUGUUGGAAGCAUGCUUGCCCUUGAUCGGCCAUUUAUUGCAAGUGUUGUAGAUAAUUCUCUUGAAAUAUGCGAUGAAGUUUGCCUGGAAUACGGUAGUGCAACCCAGUUGUAUUUGGUGCCUCUUAUUCUUCAUGAAGAACAAGUAAGCGUAGCACUGACACAGAACCAUUAUCAAGGUUCGAGGCUGUUGACUGCCUUGAAUCCGAGUGAGGGACCAAUCGUUUCUCAAGUGACAUUACCUUGUGAUUCUCAAGGGUCUAUUGACUUCAGAAAUUACCCAUUUCGAUCGUAUGUUGUUGAUCUACGUAACAAGAUGACUGGCAUUAGUCUCUACGGUGUAGUUACAGACAUAAGAGUAUCAGAGGGCAUAUUUUCUUUGAAGAUCGAAGAUACAACUGGAGCAAUAUGGGCAAAGUUACAUUUCGUUAAAUCAUGGUCACUGGGAAGAUUAGCAAUCGCGCAUACUGUCUACAUAUCUGGUUUAAGUUCUUCUCUGACUCCCCAAGAAAGCCUUCAAUUAUCAUGGUAUGAGAAUGCCACUGGAUCAUCAUUCUUCAAUUUGAGUUGCUUGCCAGCUUUCCCCAAUACAUCUUGUCUUCACAGAUUGUUGUGCCUUAAUGAUCUAUCCAUCCAUACUAGCGGUGCACAAGUAUGUCGAGUGUGGCUGGAUCAGGUUGAACAUUGUCAUGUAAAUACAAGAUAUAUGCACACCCUUUGUGGGCAUCGUGUUGAACAAGGACCGAAUGGAGAUCUCGAGUGCAAAUUCUGCCAAAGUAUUUGCAAUGCUGAAGUAGAACUUACCUUUCAUUUAAAAAUUACUCUUGCAGAUGAUACGUCAAAGAUUUUUGCUUGGUGUAUUGGUCAGACUGCUGCCGAGUUACUGCAGAUAUCUCCCGAUGAAUUCUGUGGGCUAUCCGAGGAUGAACAAAUAAUGUAUCCAUCUUCACUUGAGCGUGAAAAGUUUACUGUAUCAAUCGUUAACUCGAGGGAUGACAGUGGAAGUUUUCUUGAGCAAGAUCGUGACAGGGCUGACUGGGAAGUCACACGCGCAAUCAAGUGUGAAUAAAUGUAUUUUUUUUCCUAAUAUCCUCAUUUCUCUAUUUGUAUACUUAUAUUAUUAUUAUUAUGACUGAUUAUUUUGAUUAUU